GCUUGCUCAGGGCUCUUCCACUCGUCGUUAGGAGCGAUGGAAGGGCCAAAGGGGAAAGGAGGAGGCCAUGUACAUAGGCUCAAGUUACUGCACCUCUUCUUCUCCUCGCUCUUCCUUAACGUCCUCUUCUCCUCCUACCUCUUCCUCUCCCACCGCCCCUACCUCGACUGGUCUCGCGCCGCCGCCGCCGAAGCCGAGCUCGUCGCCGCCAUCUUCUGCUCCGGCCACGGCCGCGCCUACCUCGACGGCAUCCUCGUCGACGGCGUUCCCACGUGCGAGUGCAACACGUGCUAUGCCGGCGCCAACUGCUCUCAGCUUUUGCCGGAUUGCCCCGCCGAUGCCGACAGCGGGGAUCCAUUGUUUUUGGAGCCAUAUUGGCAGCACCACGCAGGAAGCAGCGCAGUGGUGUUCUCGGGAUGGCACCGGAUGAGCUACCGCACCACGGGAGAUAACUUCAUCUCCCUGGAGCUCGAGAAGCAUAUCCGCCUCCUCCACGAGGCCGUUGGGAAUGCUGUCACCGAUGGUAGGUUCAUCAUCUUCGGAUCAGGAUCUACUCAGCUGCUCAAUGCUCUGGUCUACGCUCUCUCACCGGAGAAUGCCUCCACUCCUGCCUCCGUUGUUGCAUCCGCUCCCUACUAUGCGUUAUAUAAAAUGCAGACCGAGGUUUUCGACGGUAGGGAGUAUGAAUGGAAGGGAAUAACAUCCAAAUGGGUAAAUACAUCCGUAUCAUCCAUGGAAAACUUUAUCGAGUUUGUAACUUCACCAAACAACCCCGAUGGGCGCCUUCGGCAAUCAGUUCUUGGAGGUCCAUUUAUCAUUUAUGAUCAUGCUUACUAUUGGCCUCAUUACACUGCAAUUCCAGCCCCAGCUGAUGAGGAUGUCAUGAUCUUCACCGAUUCGAAGCUCUCCGGCCAUGCCAGCAGUAGGUUUGGGUGGGCGGUGAUAAAGGAUGAGAGAGUGUAUCAAAAAGCCACAGAAUACAUGGGAGUAAAUACCAUGGGCGUUUCUCGUGACACUCAGCUAAGAGUGCUGAAGCUCAUCAAAGUGAUGUUGGCAGAGAUGAGAGGAGAGGGAGGCAUCUUUGAAUUUGGAUAUGAAACAAUCGCAGAAAGAUGGAGCAAAUUAUCCAAGGCCAUAUCAUCAUCCCAUCGCUUCUCCUUGCAGCAACUCUCUCCUCAAUACUGCACCUACUUUAAAAAGAUCAGAGAUCCUUCUCCAGCUUAUGCUUGGUUGAAGUGUGAGAUGGAAGAAGAUGUGGACUGCUCUGCUGUCCUCAGCGAAGCAGGCAUCAUUUCACGUACUGGCACGGUAUUUGAAGCUGGUAGCCGGUACACACGCCUAAGCCUCAUCAAGACACAGGAUGAUUUUGAUUUGCUGCUGCAACGAAUGGAGGCUUUAGUCUCCAAGGAGGAUAUUGCUUCUUUCUGAACUCCAAAUGAUAAAGGUCACUAAUAAUCAACUGGAUGUUGAAUAUAAAGUGAUGCUCCAACCAUUAUAAUAAUAAAAAAAAAAAAUCAACAGCAUGUUGAUUAUAAGGCAAGAUAUAUAAUGAUUUAAGAAAACCAUGGAAUGUAAGAAUGAAGAUUCAAACUCCUUGUAUGGCUGUAUUAUUUGCUUAUACAGAGAAUAUAUAUGCCUCAUCUUUCACAUUA